CUUGGAGGCUUCGACGAUGCGACCAUGAGCGAGUCGCAGAAGCUCCUGCAAGAGCACCCUGACGACAGCGAUUCCGAGCCUGAGCCCGAGCCCGAGCCCGAGCACGAACAACAAGCCAGUCGGCGACAGCUGUCCCCAUCGCCGCCCCCGUCACGGAGCACAUCGGCGUCGCCAGCAGACGUGGCAUCACGCCCCAACGGCUUCAAGAGGCAGUCGUCUUUUGCCCGUCCGCGGCCCCAUGGCACUCCCAGGACGCCCAACCGCGUGCGCUUCGAGGACCCGGUGCGGCGAGGUAGCACAAACGGCCAUGCCGAGGGCCACGACUGGAUAGAGCUCGACGGCGAUGACUACGCCGACCAUGGGCAAGUGCAGCGCCUGCCACUGCUCACGGGCAUCGAGGCGCCGAGCGUCACCGUGGCUGAAGAGGCCUUCCGCCCCGAGGACCACCUGGAGAGCGCGCGGCCGCGCAGCGGCAUGCGCAGCGCCUUCAUGAACAUGGCCAACAGCAUCAUCGGCGCUGGCAUCAUCGGCCAGCCCUACGCCUUCCGCAACGCCGGGCUGCUCACGGGCGCCCUCCUGCUCAUCACUCUCACCGUCGUCGUCGACUGGACCAUCCGCCUCAUCGUCAUCAACUCGAAGCUGAGCGGCACCGACUCGUUCCAGGCCACGGUCCAACACUGCUUUGGGAGGUCGGGACUGGUGGCCAUCUCGCUGGCGCAGUGGCUGUUUGCGUUUGGCGGCAUGGUGGCCUUUUGCGUCAUAGUCGGCGACACGAUCCCCAAGGUCAUGGACGCCUUGUUCCCCUCCCUGGCCGACACGUCCUUCCUCUGGCUCCUCACAAACAGACGCGCCAUCAUGGUCGUCCUCGUCCUCGGCGUCUCGUAUCCGCUCUCGCUCUACCGCGAUAUUGCAAAGCUCGCCAAAGCCAGCGGCCUCGCUCUCGUGAGCAUGAUCAUCAUCAUCGUCACAGUCAUUACCCAGGCCUUCCGUGUCCCCACAGAAUCUCGAGGCCAGCUGCGUGGCUCCCUCGUCAUCAACUCUGGCAUUUUCGAGGCUAUAGGCGUCAUCUCUUUUGCCUUUGUCUGCCACCACAACUCCCUCCUCAUUUACGGCUCCCUGCGCAAGCCUACCAUCGACCGCUUCUCGCGCGUAACGCACUACAGCACGAGCAUAUCUCUUGUGGCAUGUCUAGCUCUCGCUCUCUCUGGCUACCUGACCUUUGGCGACAAGACCCUUGGCAACGUGCUGAACAACUUCCCAAACGACAACUUCAUGGUCAACGUUGCGCGUCUCUGCUUUGGCCUCAACAUGCUCACCACACUGCCACUUGAAGCAUUUGUCUGCAGAGAGGUCAUGAACAACUACUGGUUCCCCGACGAACCCUAUCAUCCAAACCGUCAUCUCAUCUUCACCACCUCUAUCGUCAUCACAGCUUUGACACUCUCACUUCUCACUUGCGAUCUCGGCAUUGUCUUCGAGCUUUUUGGCGCAACUUCAGCUUGUGCAUUGGCAUUCAUCCUUCCGCCAUUGUGCUACAUCAAGUUGUCCAAGAAGAGCUCCCAAACGUAUCUUGCCAUGUGUGUUGUGGCCUUUGGAUGCACUGUUAUGCUCAUUUCCAUUUUCAAGACCACGAGCAAAUUGGCCUCGGGCAAUAGGGAAUCAGCUCAAUGUACUUGA